CAGCAUCCAUCAUGUUGCUCUGCAGGUGGUCGGCAGUAUGGACGCCCACCCCAGCAGGUACUGCGCCACAGUCCGCGUCCAGAGACCCAGGCAGGAGGUCAUCCAGGACCUGGCCUCCAUGGUGCGAGAGCUCCUGAUCCAGUUCUACAAGUCGACACGGUACAAGCCCACCAGGAUCAUCUUCUACAGAGACGGCGUGUCGGAGGGGCAGUUCAGACAGGUGCUGCACUACGAGCUGCUGGCCAUCAGGGAGGCGUGCAUCAGUCUGGAGAAGGAGUACCAGCCGGGGAUCACCUUUAUCGUGGUCCAGAAGCGCCAUCACACCCGUCUCUUCUGCGCAGAUCGGAACGAGCGGGUGGGGCGAAGCGGGAACAUUCCUGCCGGAACCACCGUGGACACGGACAUCACCCACCCUUACGAGUUCGACUUCUACCUGUGCAGCCACGCUGGAAUCCAGGGAACCAGCCGGCCGUCCCACUACCACGUCCUGUGGGACGAUAACUGCUUCACUGCGGACGAGUUCCAGCUCCUCACCUACCAGCUGUGCCACACCUACGUCCGCUGCACGCGCUCCGUCUCCAUACCGGCGCCGGCCUACUACGCCCACCUGGUGGCCUUCCGCGCGCGCUACCACCUGGUGGACAAAGAGCACGACAGCGCCGAAGGAAGCCACAUCUCAGGGCAGAGCAACGGCAGGGACCCCCAGGUUCUGGCCAAGGCGGUGCAGAUCCACCACGACACCCUGAGGACCAUGUACUUCGCCUGAAUGCCCGGCUCCGCCCACGGCGCUCCACAAGAGAUCGGAGAGGAAACCUCCUAAAUGUCUGUAGUUGCUCCCGGUUUACAUGCUGUGAAGGAAGCGGUUCUGAUCCGACUGCUGAGCCGCUUUACGUGGGCGGGGGGGUGAAGGCCUCGCCGAGACCUGGGAAGCUCCUCCAGCUCCGCUUGUGUUUUACUUUUCGUCUUAUUUAUGGAUCUUUUUCUCCUUUUAUUUAAAUCCUCCUGAUUUCUGAUCUUUGGUUGAGAAACAGACGUAGUGUUUAGACGGUUCUGUCUGUCCGCUGAAACGGUUUCUGAUCGACGUCUGGCGUCUGAACUCCCUUUUCUGAUUGGCCGUCUGUAUCGAAGUGCCUGAUAGGGUCAGAAAGUGAUCGGCCGGUACGGAGGGAAUGUUUUGAUUGGACGGAUUCUGCAGAUGGUUCCGAUUUGAUCAUUUUCUGCUAAUUAAUCAUCAAACUUAACAUCCUCAGAUUGAAGAUGCCAAACUCAGGCGCCGUUUGUUAGAGUUUAAGCUCAUGUUGGUUUUGGGUCGGAAACGUCUCGUUUGGUCGGAAGAAAAAGCCUCAAACCGGACGUUGUGACGGAAACGUCUCUGUGAUUUCGUUAUGCAAUAAGAAUCUGACUUUUUUUGUUUUGUUUUCGGGCUUUUCUGCCGCAGUGCCGUUGAGCCUCCUCACUCUAACCCAAAUGAAGCCGUCGGGGCUUCAUCACUCGGACCAAACCUACGUGCCUGCUCGCUCGCGGCUUCCUGCCGAUUGGCUCGCCACGUCCAGCCCGUUUUCUGGCGCUGCUUCAUCGGACUGGAACCAUCAGAACCGUUUGUUCCGUCUGCCUCCACUUUUACUUGAAGAUAAUUUGAGGUCGGAGCGCGUUCGACGUAUUUGACCGAGAAUGGACCUCCAGAACCCGUCUCACAGAUGCCUUUGAUCUCCUUCAAUUGAAGCGUUUUGAAGUCUGAAUAAAGAUAUAUUUAUAGCUGCAGAUGAAAACCAAACGCACGUUUAGCCACUUUUUGUCUAAAACAAUUAAAGGACCUAUUUAAGAGAAGAAUUUAUGGAUUAUAAUCAGAAUCUGAGUUUAUUCAAUUAAUGUCCAGAAAUCAGAAGUUUUAUAUCUCGUUUAACUUACCUUUCAGAUUUAUGAAGUUAAAAACCUUGAUGUUUUUUUUUUUAGGUGCUUUGUUUUUGUUCUGGUUGGGUUUUAUUCAAAGCUUAGAUCAAACCCUGAGUUGGUUCUGAAAACAAACCUGGACCUGACCGGAUGGCGAUGAACUGUCCAAUCAGACCUGGUUCUGGUUCUGGUCUGCCUCCCAAGUUGGUUCUACAAAACAUUCUCAUCUGAACUUCUAAAAAUAUGUUUAUUUCGUUUUAUUUCCCUUUCAGGACCUGUUUAGCUGAAACACCAUACCUGUGAUUGGACCGUUUGAAUCCCCGUCGUCCAAUCAGGUUGAGGUUUGACAGAUCAGCUUAAAAUGGAAACAUUUUAACGUUUUAGCUGCGGGGAAUUAUUUAAAAGCAACUUUCUAGUAAUUAAAGAAUGAGGAGAGUUUGUAUUAAAAAGGAAGAAAUUAAUUCCUAAGGUUUUCAUUGGGAAAGGAUAAAGAUCGUCUGCCAGUUUGGGAAAAUUAAUGCAAAGUUUUCAUUUUACCAUCUCAGAACCCAGUGGUACCAGAACCAUUUAACCUGAAGGACCUUUUAUGAAGAUGGUCUUUCCUGUAAAUUAGAUUUAAAAUCGUAUCUCUAUAUUUAUUUAGUAUUUUAAAUAAUAUAAUCGGUUUGUAAUCUCUGGAAACGAAUCCGAUGUCCAGAAUAUCGGCAGCCCCGUCUUUUAAUAAUUGUUUCUGUCAUCUCUUCAUUUUCUUGUGAAACUGGUGCUUAAUAAAAGUUGAAAUGUUCUUCGCUGCGUCACAGAUCUGGAUCUCAAACCCAGGCUGUGAUCAGAACCAGAGGAAGGAGUCAUUUCUCGGGCCGGAGUUCGUCCUCCAGCCUGGUUCUGCUGCGGUUAGAAAACCUCCACUGAAAUGAUCCAUCAGCGCCUCCUUCCUGCUCUGCUUCGGGUUUUUACAUGAUGGAGGGGAGGUUCCGAAGUUUACCGUCGGAACCGUAGAGGGGAGGUUCCGAAGUUUACCGUCGGAACCGUAGAGGGGAGGUUCCGAAGUUUACCGUCGGACCCGUAGAGGGGAGGUUCCGAAGUUUACCGUCGGACCCGUAGAGGGGAGGUUCCGAAGUUUCGGACCCAUAGAGGGGAGGUUCUGAAGUUAACCGUCGGACCCGUAGAGGGGAGGUUCCGAAGUUUACCGUCAGACCCGUAGAGGGGAGGUUCCGAAGUUUCGGACCCAUAGAGGGGAGGUUCUGAAGUUAACCGUCUGACCCGUAGAGGGGAGGUUCCGAAGUUUACCGUCGAACCCGUAGAGGGGAGGUUCCGAAGUUUACCGUCGAACCCGUAGAGGGGAGGUUCCGAAGUUUACCGUCGGACCCAUACAGGGGAGGUUCCGAAGUUUCGAACCCAUUGACCGUCACAGACUGUGCCUUUGCUGAUGGUGCUGAUAAAGUUCUGGUCUACAUGAACCUGUGCGGAUCGUGGCCCUGCUGUAUGCUGUGUUCAUGUGUCGUAAUAUUUGUGUAAUGCCAAGUAAAUAAAAUAUGCAGAGCUUGAACGGACCGGACCAAAAGGCCCGUGAGCGAUCAUGGAAACUCUGGAGCACAACUGGAAACCAAACGCCUCUGUCAGUACCGGCUGUGUCCGCGUGGAUGUGAUGUAGCAUUAUUUAUUUCACAGCUGCAGCGCCCCCUGGUGUUAUUUCUUCUUUUGUUUUUUGUUUUUAUUAACAGCAAUAAUGGGUCAGACUAGCGUGCGGUGGUUCUGUGGGGCUCUCACAUGAAGGAAUGAAUCCAAACCCGUUUCUCAUGUUUGAUACUGUAACCUGGAUGUCAGGACGGCUCCUUUUACCUCCUCCUGCUCUUAUCUGGAGCCUUUUUAGUUGCCCUAUUUAAUUUUUGGAAUAAAGAUAUUCAACAGG